UGUGUGUUGUUCGCGGUUUUACCAGUCAAGUAGAUCACUCAUUCAGUGAUCGCGCGAUCGCCAAGCUGUGCAAUAGUCUUCAUUAAAAAACUUUCCAGAAAAAAACCUAUUUUUCCAACUUCUUAAAAAAUGUCUCAAAAAGCCGAUAUUGCCCUUAUUGGUUUGGCCGUAAUGGGCCAAAACCUAAUCUUAAAUAUGGAUUCCAAAGGCUACGUAGUUUGUGCCUACAACAGAACUGUCGAUAAGGUAGACCAAUUCCUUAAUAAUGAAGCUAAGGGCACUAAGGUCAUUGGAGCUAAAUCACUCGAAGACAUGGUCAACAAACUUAAGGCCCCAAGAAAAGUCAUGCUAUUGGUGAAAGCCGGUAGCGCAGUCGAUGAUUUCAUCAACAAACUGGUGCCACUUCUCUCCCCUGGUGACGUUAUUAUUGAUGGAGGUAACUCUGAAUAUCAAGACACUACUCGUCGAUCAGACGAACUUAAGCUUAAGAAAAUCUUAUACGUUGGCUGUGGAGUGAGUGGUGGAGAAGAAGGUGCUCGUCAUGGACCAUCACUCAUGCCAGGUGGUAACCCUGAGGCAUGGCCUCUUGUGAAGGAUAUAUUCCAAUCGAUAUGUGCAAAAUCUAACAACGAACCCUGCUGUGAAUGGGUUGGUGAAGGUGGUGCUGGACACUUUGUUAAAAUGGUUCACAAUGGAAUCGAAUACGGUGACAUGCAACUUAUUUGUGAAGCAUAUCACAUAAUGAAAUCCCUAGGCUUAACUCAAGAUCAAAUGGCAGAACAGUUCGGCAAGUGGAAUACCGAGGAAUUGGAUUCAUUCCUCAUUGAAAUUACACGUGAUAUCCUUAAGUAUAAGGACGACAAAGGUUUCCUACUGGAGAGAAUACGAGACACUGCAGGUCAGAAGGGAACUGGCAAAUGGACAGCAAUUGCAGCUUUGGAAUAUGGAAUUCCUGUGACGCUAAUUGGAGAAGCUGUUUUCUCGCGUUGUCUGUCCGCACUACAAAGUGAACGUGUGUUGGCGAGCAAGCAAUUGAAAGGACCCGAGGUGAAACCUAAAGUCGACAACUUAGCCACAUACCUAAAUCACAUGAAACACGCACUGUAUUGUGCAAAGAUUGUUUCGUAUGCCCAAGGUUUCAUGUUGUUGCGUGAGGCAGCCAAGGAGAACAAGUGGAAUUUGAACUACGGUGGAAUUGCUUUAAUGUGGCGUGGGGGCUGCAUUAUUAGAAGUGUUUUCUUGGGUAACAUCAAAGAGGCGUUUCAGAGGAACCCCACACUAUCCAACUUGUUGUUAGAUGACUUCUUUAAAAAGGCAAUUGAAAGUGGACAACAAUCGUGGCGUCAAGUAGUUAGCAAUGCAUUCCUUUGGGGCAUUCCUGUGCCAGCAAUGUCAACGGCUUUAUCAUUCUAUGAUGGUUACCGUACCGAAAAGCUUCCAGCCAAUUUAUUGCAAGCACAACGUGAUUAUUUCGGAGCCCAUACCUAUGAGUUAUUAGGUCAAGAGGGUAAAUUUGUGCAUACCAAUUGGACUGGUACGGGUGGAAAUGUUUCGGCUAGCACAUAUCUGGCUUAAGGUGUUUGAAAUGAUACAGUCUCUUUGUGUGUUAGUAUUUCGUUUGUUUUUUUUUUUUGUAUCUUAAGUCUCUCAAUCUCUAUUUCAUUUUGUAAUUAGUCAAAUAAAUUAUGAAGGUAACAUGAAUAAACCUAACAAGAAAA